AUGUGUCAUAAAGAGCCAUUAGCUGUCGUACAUUUUGAGACUAUGCCUGCAUAUCAAUGGGAUGACUUGGUAACUGAUAUUCGGGUAUUGCAUCGAGUCUUUUGGAGCUAUUACCCGUGCAUUAGAGCGUUCAGACACUGUAAGCCAGUUGUCCAAGUGGACGGGACUCACUUGUACAGAAAGUACAAGGGUUGCUUGUUAGUGGCCGUUUCGCAGGAUGGUAACAACAAUAUCGUCCCGAUUGCAUUUGCUAUUGUCGAGGAAGAGACCUCUGAUGCUUGGCACUUUUUCCUUAGUAACCUGCGUCAACAUGUUGUGACUUGGGAUGGUGUGGGACUUAUAUCGGACCGACAUGAGUCCAUAAAUGUAGCUGUGGAACGUAGUCACGGAGCUUGGUCACCUCCUAGAGCUUUCCACAUGUUUUGCAUCAGGCAUAUAGAAUCGAACUUUCUGAGAAAAUUCAAGGCACCCUACCUGCAAAAGCUUGUCGCCAAUAUAGGAUAUUCGCGGAUAGUUCACGAGUUUGAAGUGCGUUACCAUCGUUUACGAGAGCGGGACGAAGCGUACACUAAUUGGUUAAACCGUAUUCCCCGUGAACAGUAUGCGUUGACCUUCGACGGUGGCUACCGAUGGGGUCACAUGAUGACUAAUCUAGUGGAAUGCAUCAACUCAGUCUUGAAGGGUGCAUGCAAUCUCCCCAUCACUGCACUUGUCAAAGCAACAUUCUACAGACUUCAUGAGUUGUUCACAUGGAAAAGAGCAUAG